AUGGUGGCAGCGCUGCUGGCCGCCUUUGCUGCUUUCGCGCUUCUCUUUACCCUCGGAGUUUGUUGGCUUUGGCCGGAUUAUGUGGAUGGCAGUGAUCCACCAAAAGUUCGGCGCAUACUGAUUGUAGUGGUGUUGGUGCUGACAUUGGAGGAGACGUUGCUCUGCCUCAGUGGUGCCAUUUCCUUUCGCAGCCUCGUUGUAAUUUUCAUCUGCAACAUCUGGGGACACUUGGAUGCCUCCCUUCGCUAUCCAAUUGUUCACGACCUUGACAGCUUCUUCGCCUUGAAGCAGCUCUUUUUGGUACUCCUGAAAACGGCAGGAUACCUCUUGGGCUUCCGGGACAUCACCAAGAAUCUUGGUUGGGUGGUGCUCGCUCUGCUCGUAAAUGUUUGCACGGUCCCGAUUGUCUGGCUGACAGCCUUGCCAAUUGGGGAUGUGGGUAGUUACCAUCAGAAGCAUGAUGUGCUAGAUCAAGACUUGGCCGUGCGUUUCUGGUGUACAGUGACCAGCAGCACGGAGCGGGCGGCGGCCGUGGCACGAUGGAAGGCAAUGGCUCGAAGGGCCCUGGCGGACGUGGCGAGAGCGGUGCCCCUGUUGAAGCCCGCUGCCUUGCGCAUAGACCCCGCAUUGGUGAGACUUCUCAAGGCGAAUUCUGUAUGA